GCGUCCUUCGGCGCCUUCGUGGGCCCCCUCGUCGUGCUCCACGGCGUGCCGCGCGCCGCCGGCCUCGUGCGCUCCGCGGCCCCUCCCGGGCCGUGGUGGCAGUCGGAGCCGAACGACCUGCUGCGGGCCCGGCACCCCGAGCCCGGCCCGGGCAACGGGGUGCAGCUCGCCACCGUCGACGAAACCACGGACCCGUGGCUCGGCUCCGCGGGCCGCGACGAGUGCUCCGGCUGCGACUUCACAGUCAACAUGCGGUGCGAGGGCAGCCGGCUGGGUCGCCACGCGGCGUGCCACCCGGGGCGCGCAUGA